AUGGAUCGGCCACCCGAGACCACCCCCGGCGGCACCUCGCCGCGAACCUUUGCCCUGAACCAUGCCAGGCCAAAGUCCAGCUUCCAAGGCUGCUCGCGCAUCUCCGACUAUGAGUUACAAGGCAAACUGGGCGAGGGUACCUUUGGUGAGGUCCAUCGCGCUCGAUCACGCAAGACGGGCGCUCUCGUCGCCUUGAAGAAGAUUAUCAUGCAUCACGAAAAAGACGGCUUUCCCAUCACCGCCCUGCGAGAAAUCAAGCUUCUCAAGCUGCUAUCACAUCCCAACAUUUUGAGACUUGAAGACAUGGCUGUAGAGCACCCCACGAGACAGACCGACAAGCGCAAGAAACCCAUCAUGUACAUGGUGACGCCGUACAUGGAUCACGACCUUUCGGGCCUCCUCGAUAACCCCUCCGUACACUUCAAGGAGGCUCAGAUCAAGUGCUACAUGCUCCAGCUUCUGCAGGGUCUGCGCUACCUUCACGAAAACCACGUCCUGCAUCGAGAUAUGAAGGCCGCCAACCUUCUCAUCAACAACAAGGGCAUCCUUCAGAUUGCUGAUUUUGGCCUGGCUCGUCACUACGAUGGGCCAACACCCAGGGCUGGCCAUCCUGUGGGAGAAGGCCGACGAGACUACACUGGCUUGGUGGUAACAAGGUGGUAUCGACCCCCCGAGCUUCUGCUGCAGCUCAGGCAAUAUACCACCGCUAUCGAUGUUUGGGGUGUUGGCUGUGUUUUCGGAGAAAUGCUGUUCGGCAAGCCCAUCCUUGCGGGCGAGAGUGACGCUCAUCAACUCGAGCUCAUCUGGGAUCUCAUGGGCUCGCCCACUGAUGAGAAUAUGCCCGGAUGGAAGAACCUGCCCGGGGGUGACCAUCUGUCCCCUAGACCACGACCAGGCAAUCUUCAGAGCCGAUUUAGAGAAUACGGUCCCGGGGCAAUUUCUUUACUUAAAGACCUAUUGAAACUGGAUUGGAAGACGCGGAUAAACGCCGUGGAUGCAUUGCAACAUCCAUACUUCAAGAAAGAGCCCCUGCCACUGGAGCCACAUCAGCUUCCAACCUACGAGGAGAGUCACGAGCUUGACCGGAGAAAGUUUCACGACCGCAAGGCGGCCCUCCCCCCUGCUCCCAAGGGAGGAACAGUUGGUCUGGGGCCGGAUGCGAACGGAGCAACCGCCGGUUUCAACAGCAGCGACGCCUACGGAAAUAUAGACACGUACAUUCCGAGCUACAACCGGGAAGAGGCCGGAAGUCGGCGCAGGGAUGAUGACCGGCCUCGUGAUGAUCGACGACGCCCAACUAGCAAGGACAGCGGCCGACGAUACGAUAGAGACCGGCGAACAAGGAGUCGAAGCCGCUCGCCCAUGCACGACAGGACCCGCGAUCGAGACAUGUAUCGACGAUGA